AUGGUGAUGCGCACGCUGGUCGUGGGGCUCGCCUGCGUGGCCGGGGCCGCGGCCCUGCGGCCGCAGCCCCUGGGCCGGCCGCCCGUCGGCCGGCCGGUCGGUCGGCGCGGCGAGACGCGGCGCGUGCUCGCCGACGUGCGCGUCGUGGCGCGGGGCAGCGACGAGCUGGACGUGGUGGACCUGGGCGGCGACGAGCCGGUCGCGGCGCGGGGCGGCGACGGGCUGGACGCGGAGACGUGGGCCGCGGCGGCGCAGUUCGCGGGGAAGUGGAAGGCCGUGGCCGUCGACGACAUGGCCGCGCUCGAGAAGCUCGGCGACGAGAAGCGCGUGCCGCUCUACUUCCGCAAGGUGCUCCGCCACACGCUCGCCAACGGGGGCGUCUUCGAGCACCACCUCGACGCCGAGGGCCGCUACUCCGAGUCCGAGGAGAGCGACUGCUUCUUCUUCGACCAGUCGACCGCGCCCGCGCUCGUCAACGGCCCGCCCGUGCUCGACCGCGCGCCGGGCGGCGAGCCCGUGCUCCGCACCGUGUCGUGCCGCGACGGCCGGCUCCGCGUGGUCGAGGAGUCUCGCGUCGCGGCGCCCCGCGACCGCGCCGCGGGCGUCAUGGAGCACGUCCUGAGCGUCGAGGGCGACACGCUCCGGCGGCGGCUCACGAACAAGGGCACGGGCACGUCCGUCCAUGUGCGGCUAGCUUUGGCGCUCGCGCACGCUCAUUCCCGCAUGGUCGCCGUCAGCGGCGGCGGCCCCGAGCCCGUGCCGGCGCUCGCGGCCGAGGUCCCCGCAACAACGAUCGACGACGGCCGGCGGCGCGGGUCGAGCAUCGACGUCGUCGUCGUGCGGCGCCGCGACGGGUCGCUGGCGUGCACGGCCUUCGUCGUGCGCUUCGAGCCGCCGACGACCGAGCGGCUGAGCCGCGGCCUGAGCGCGGCCUACGCGUCGCUGGAGCGCGGCGUAGCGCGGCUCCGGAGCGACGACCGGCCGCUCCGCGACGGCUUCGACGAGGACGGCGACGACCUGUGCGACGACGACGCGGCGGACGGCGACGCGCGGCCCGUGCGCGUCGCCGUCAACGGCGCCGCCGUGGACUGCGACCUCGUCGCCGGCGCCGACGGGCGCUGCCGCUUCGCCGGCGGUUCGCGGCCCGGCGCCGCCGCGCUCGAGCGCUGGGGCCUGCGGCCGGGAUCGAACGCUCUGACCUUCGAGUUCGGCCGCCAGGUCGCGGAGGCGCGGGCCUUCCUCUGGGACGCCGGUGACCGCGUCGUCGUCUGCGACGUCGACGGGACGAUCACGGCGAGCGACGUCCGCGGGUUCCUCGACUCGACGAUGAGCGCGGCGCCGUCGUUCGCGCACGGCGGCGUCUGCGCGUUCCUGGGCGGCGUCGUCGCGCCGCGGGCGCGCGUGCUCUACCUGACGUCGCGGCCCGUCGCCCUCGCGGCGUCGACGCGCGCGUUCCUCGCGUCGCUCCGCCAGGGCCGCGACGGGCUGCCCGACGGGCCCCUCGUGACGUCGGGCGAGGGGCUCCUGGGCGCCGUCUACGCGGAGGUCGUCGCGAAGACGCCGGACGUCUUCAAGACGCGCGCGCUCCUCGACCUCGCGGCGGCCUUCGGGGGCGACCCGGGCGCGUCGCCCGUCGUUUUGGGCUUCGGCCCGCGCUUCGGCAACCGGGACACGGACGCGCGCGCGUACGCGCGCGCGGGCGUCGCCGACGACCGCAACUUUUCCAUCGACGCGCGGUCGCGGCUCACGUCGCGCUGCGGGACGUUGGGCUUCGCCGGCUACGACGACGCGGGUUUGGCGCGCGCGGUCGCGGCCGCGCUCCGGUCGCCGGGCCUCCCGCCGCUGCCCCGGCCCGUCUGGCGCGGCGCGCGGAGCGCGCGGCCGCCGCGGCCGGACCUCGCGGGUUUCCUGUCCGGCGCCCUGGGCGGAAACGACGGCGCCGUCGACAUCUACGUCCAGGAGAAGGCCCGGCCGCCGCCGCCGCCCGCGUCGCCGCCGCCGAACCGCCGCUCGCCGCCGCCCAGGCCCGCGGCCGCGGCCGGGAGUUAG